UGCAGACCCGAGCAGCGCGAGCUCUUCCUGCGGUCUGACAGCGCGUUCUGUGUCUUCCCUGUUCACUUUAUACUUUUAUACUUGGAUUGAGAGAUUAAAACAACAUCUACUGCUUUACCCUCUUCUGGGCGGACUGAAGGUCUCAGCGGGCUUCUCUACAAUGGGCAACAGGGACGAUGAAUACGAUUUCUUGUUCAAAGUUGUUCUGAUUGGAGAUUCAGGUGUGGGAAAGAGUAACCUUCUGUCGCGCUUUACAAGGAACGAGUUUAACCUGGAGAGCAAGAGCACGAUAGGUGUGGAGUUUGCCACACGCAGCAUCCAGGUGGAUGGCAAGACGAUAAAAGCGCAGAUCUGGGACACGGCGGGACAGGAGCGAUACAGGGCCAUCACGUCUGCGUAUUACCGUGGCGCUGUGGGCGCGCUACUAGUGUAUGACAUCGCCAAACAUCUGACCUAUGAGAACGUGGAACGCUGGUUGAAGGAACUCCGAGAUCAUGCCGACAAUAACAUCGUCAUCAUGCUGGUGGGGAAUAAAAGCGACCUACGGCACCUGAGGGCAGUGCCCACCGAUGAGGCGCGAGCCUUUGCAGAGAAAAAUAAUCUUUCAUUUAUUGAGACGUCCGCUCUGGAUUCAACCAACGUGGAGGAGGCGUUCAAGAAUAUUCUAACAGAAAUCUAUCGCAUCGUAUCACAGAAGCAGAUUGCGGACCGGUCAGCCCACGACGAAUCGCCGGGAAACAACGUGGUCGACAUCAGCGUACCGCCCACCACAGACGGUCAGAAAGGGAACAAACUACAAUGCUGCCAAAACCUGUAACCAUGACAACCAGCCGUCACAGACACCCCCACCCCCUCCACACACACACACACAGACACACACACCUGUUACUCAUCUGAUGCCCACUUCAUGUUGUGCCACUAAUAUUCUCAAUUUUAUUCAUGUCAUAUAUUUUCUUUUUGAUAGCUUGUCAACUCACAAGCACACAUAUGCAGUAAAGUUUAAAAGUGUGGGCUGCGCUGUGAUUUAUUGUCUUCGAGAGUGGUUUAAACAUACAGUAAACCUCAGUUUUAACAGCGUCGACGGAUGAACAUAUCUCGCCAUCACAGAGGAACAUGGACAAAAACAUUCAACCUAGAUAUUCUCUGUUAUUGCAUUUUAAUGUUUCAAAAUGCUCAUUUUCAUCCUUGAACAGUAAAGCAAAGUGGUGUAAUCAAUAGUGCAAGAUAUUUACAUAUUUCUCCCCAACAUAAAAAUAAAUAAGGAAAUAUAUUUUGCUUAAAGAAAAUAAAGCCAAUUUUUAGGAGCAUUGCAGCUAUUUGCAUUGUGACUUUUUAAGCACAUUUUCCCAACAAAUUCCUAUAACUGUAAUGCAACAAAAAAUAUGAUAUAUUAUUUCAAUGCAUAUGUUUUCAUACAUAAUGGUCAUUUUAUAUGAUAAGAAUUUAAUGAUAAUCACCUUUUGGAAUAUUAUAUGAAUUUAAAAAUGUUUUAUGACUAAUAGAUUACUCAGGUUUGAUAUUUUAUUGUAUUUUAUUUCAGACUUUAAUAAAAUAUGCAACUGUUUGUAAAUGAGGAAAAUAACUCGUAUGUCUCGAUUAUUCUGUAUGAAACAAAAAAAAGAACCAUGGCAUACUAAUUUUUGGGACAUGAUACCAUUUCAAUGCUAAAUCUUUGAAUUAUCUUGUAUUAUAAAAUAUUGAAAUAAUAAUGAGAUUUUUGGGCAUUAUGGUACUCCUAUUAUUUAGGGUGAAAUGUGCUUAAUUGUCCUGAAAAUGCAAAAAAUAUAAAUGCCACAAAAAAUCUGCUUCAUUUUCCUUAUGCAAUAUUUGUCCUCUUACUUUUGCUGUUCAUUUUGAGGUGAAAUAAUACAGCGAAAAUCUUGAGCAAAAGUAAAACCAAAAUGAAGUUACAAUGCAAACAAUAUUGUUCUGAGCGUUUAAAUGUGAUAAAGCUGCUGGUGCGGUGUUGAGUCUCAUAUACAUCAGACUGCGCCCCUCCAAACACACAUUGUUUUCAUUAUGUUUUCAUGUCUGGAUUAUAGAGGUGUAUAAAAUAACAAAUACACUUAUGUGGAACAAUUGUGUAAAACUAACAGAUAUAACAAACAGCUAAAUAACAGAAGCAUCAUGUUUUGUUAGAAUCAUAUGCAGAGCUCAUCUCACUAGAAAUAGCCAUUUAUUUUUUAUAUGCAUAGUUCUUUAAAAAAUACAUUAUUGCAUACUUUUUAUUAUUAUUAUUGUAUGUUUAGAUCCAUUAUUGUCGUACACACCUUAAUGUCUCUGAAGCUUCUCUGAUGCUGUUCUGGACAUUAGCUGUAAACACACGCACAUAUAUACACACACAAAUGCACAUACACACACACACACAUGCACACACACACACACACGCACAUAUACACACAUGCAGAUAUACACACAUGCACAUAUGCACAUAUACACACACACACACGCACACAUACACACGCACGCACAUAUGCACAUACACACACACAUACACACACAUGCACGCACAUAUACACACAUGCACAUAUGCACAUAUACACACACACACACGCACACAUACACACGCACGCACAUAUGCACAUACACACACACAUACACACACAUGCACGCACAUAUACACACAUGCACAUAUACACACACACACAUGCACAUAUACACACACGCACAUAUACACACACAUGCACAUAUACA